UCUCAUUUUGAAUGGUCCUGUUUGCCCGUGGGCUUUGGGCUGGAGAUGUUGUUCUGUUUCCAACCGCACUAGCAAACCAUGAUCAAAAUCAACUACAGGAAAACAUCUGGUUCCUCGAAUGGCAGUGUAUCAUCAUACAUCGGUGUCAUAUGCACACAUCUGAAGCUCUCAGAGGAUGAGGAGGAGGAGGAAGCUCAGGUGAUUCGACCGCAGCUCCUCCAGGACACGUGUUGAGCACCAUUUAAGAGCACUACAUAGACAACAUGAUGAUCUGAUCGUCAUCUACUUCUGAGACUGAUCUGAGAUCUGCAUGAUGAUCACAAACGCUGCUCUUGAUCAUUAGUUUCUCAGACGGCAGCUGAUUGGGACGCAGUGGGAGCGUGAACAGGACAAUGAAUGUAGUGACGAGCAGAGAACAGACUCCAGAUCAUGAGUCCAGCAUGAGGAAGCAUGACCUUCAACCCUGCUCAAACACAGAGCACAAGAAUGUCCUGCAGCUGAGACUCCAGCAGAGGAGGACACGAGAGCAGCUCGCUGACCAGGGCAUCAUGCCUCCCUUGAAGAGUCCGGCUGCGUUCCACGAACAGAGGAAAAGUCUUGAGCGAUCCAAGACUGGAGAUUAUUUAAAACACAAAAUCAGAAGUCGACCAGAGAAAUCAGAGCUUGUCAACAUGCAUAUUCUACAAGAAUCCACCGCCGAAGGUCCCGCACUCGACUCACAGACCAAACUGAAGCGAGCCAGAUUGGCCGACAACCUGAAUGAGAGAAUCGCUCUCAGACCCGGCCCGCUGGAGCUGGUGGAGAAGAACAUCAUUCCUGUCGACUCCACUGUAAAAGAAGCAGCUAUGAAAGUGAACCAUGGGAAGUUCCCGCAGCAGGAGGACUCGUACGCGUUUGAGGAGGACAGCAGCAGUGAGAGUCUGUCUCCAGAUCAGCCACACAGUGAAGAGUCGCAGUGUUCGGCCGAAGUGCUCACAGAGAACAAGAGCAGCGGCUCCAGCUCACCCACACUCACCAGCACCGAGCAUGGGUCUCAGAGCAAAGACAGCAUCACUCAAAACCAGGAGGAGAACAUGACCAACAGCCAGGAAACUCCACCCAUUCCUGUUCCUGCAAUAGUCAAGUCCAAAAUGUCUGAGAAGAACCGCCACAAGAAACCCAAAGACAUCAAGCCUAAAGUAAAGAAGCUGAAGUACCACCAGUACAUCCCGCCGGACCAGAAGGCAGAGAAAUCUCCUCCGCCGCAGAUGGACUCGGCGUACGCACGUCUCCUGCAGCAGCAGCAGCUCUUCCUCCAGCUGCAGAUCCUCAGCCAGCAGAAACACCAGCAGAGCUCACACACACACUCACACACACACACACAUCAGCAGCAGAGCUUCAGCUACCAGACCCUCAACCAGAGCACGCUCAACAAGGCGUCCGGUGAACAGCAGUCAUCAUGUGCGUCCAGCGUCCAGACCAGCAGCAGCUCCUCGUCUCCAGUGAAGAACAGCUACUGCAACCCGUCCAUCAGCCCGCUCAGACCCGGACCGCUGCCCGCCAACCUGGACGACCUGAAGGUGUCUGAACUCAGACAGCAGCUGCGGAUCCGCGGUCUCCCCGUGUCUGGCACUAAGACCGCGCUCAUAGAGCGUCUGCGGCCCUUCAAAGACUCUUCUCCGGUCACUUCUGCAGACGUCAGCGCAGCUGCAUUCCCCGUGACUCCCACCGGAUCGCUCUCAUCCUACCAGUCGCACGGCGCCGGCUUCUACCCGUUCUGCAGCAGCGGCUCCACACCACCCAUCUCUCCAGCUUCAUCUGAUCUCUCCGUCAGCGGCUCGCUGCCUGACAGCUUCAGCGACGUCACCAUGUCCUCGCCGCAGUUCGGCCUGCAGCCAUCGCCGGCCCAGCUGAGCGCAGACGAGGGUCAUAGCACGCUGGGACCGGACGCCGAGAAGGACAAGAUGCUGGUGGAGAAGCAGAAGGUGAUCGAGGAGCUGACGUGGAAGCUGCAUCAGGAGCAGAGGCAGGUGGAGGAGCUGCGCAUGCAGCUGCACAAGAGGAAGCGCGUGCAGGACUGUCCCGCUCCGCCGCAGCACAUGAUGCAUCUCCAGCCUCCAGCGCAGAUGCAGCAGUUCUACGGCGUCUCCGUCAAGCAGGAGCAGGUGGUGUCCAGCUGUCCUCUGGCUGCCAAGCAGAUGAAAGGCAGCUGCAUGGCUCACUGCAAUCUGCACGCUGCGCCGUCAUCUGCGAGCCCGGCCAGUCUGUCUGCGUUCCUGAGCCCUCAGUGCUCUCCUGAAGACUCACCCGUCACCAAAGCCUCCAGCAGCCCCUCGUCCCCCGGCCAGCCGUACCUGCUGAGAGACUCACACACACUGCCUCAGAACACAAGCAGAGCCGCACACAACGUACAGUUACAGCAGAAGAGCGCAGGACAGACGGCGAGCUGCUCGUAUCCGUCAGAUCAGAGAAACCUGCAGCCGCUUUACCAUCAGAAUCCAGCAGACGCCAGAGCAUCCACCAAAGCCAAGAGCAGCAGCGUGCAGCAGAAAGAGGCUCUGUCUCUCUCUCCGCGGCACGUUGAGCCCAAGUCUCCUACAUCCAGCACUGCCUUCUGUAGCUCAGAUCCCCCUGCCUCCGGCAGUAAAGGGCCGCCGUGUUAUGAGGAUGCAGUGAAACAGCAGAUGUCGCGCAGCCAGCAGAUGGAUGAGCUUCUAGACGUCCUCAUCGAGAGCGGAGAAAUGCCAGCUAACGCCAAAGAAGAGAGGUCUCCUGUAACCAAAGUUGUGCCUCACCUUACAGCUUCGCCCAAGUUCCCCCGACACUACAGUCACAUGUCGCCCUCCAUGCUUGCUUACGAUCACGCGGUGGCUCACGGAGACGCUCAUCUGGAGACGCUGCUGAGCCCCAUGAGCCGGACGCAAGGAGACGCGGCGCUCCUGAAGAUGCCCGCCGUGGACGGACGCUUGGAGGAGGCGGGCGAUGGAUUCAACAACCGUGACAUGAUGGGUACCCCUGUAUCGCCCACGGCCGGAAAGAUCACCGCGGUUGCCGCUGAGGGCCACGGCCUCGGAAUGACCUUCGCGGAGUCGCCUUGGGAGACAAUGGAAUGGCUGGAUCUGACUCUGCCCAGCUCCGCCAACACCUUCCACAACGGCCUGCCUCCGUCCGGGCCGAGCAUCUUCAACACCGAGUUCCUGGACGUGAGCGACAUCGGCCUGAACUCGGCCAUGGACCUGCACCUGGAGCACUGGUGAGGAGGAACAUCACGUCCACACCCAGAUCUCCAGAGCCAGCGUUUAAAACUGUUUUAUCACGUUCCAUCAAAACUUGAAUUGUUUUGACUGUGGAUUCUGGCAAAGGUGUUUUGAUUACUGGAAACAGAAAGACGCUCCAAAUGGAAAUCGAACUGAGACGUCCGUACCAUCCGUCUGUAAAUAUAUGAAAGCAACUUAAUAGUUUUUUUUUUUUUUUUGUCUGCACAUUUGUGGUGUGGGAAAAACACACAGUAAUGCAUCACACUAGUAUAUCACGUGUACUCUCUUGUGCUGUUGUAAAUAUGAAUUCACACUUGCACCUUCAGCUUACAGUAGGAUGUCACUUUUUAUGAGCAUUUAAUUCCUUCCUGUCAUCAUCAUGUAAUUAAUUUAUUUUGAGAGCGCAAACCUUUGGUUUUUACAUGUGAUACGGAAGCCUGUUUCUGUCAUUGGAUAAAAAAUAAUGAUAAUUGCGUCUUUUUAUUUCACAAUGCUGACGUUUUCCUCAAUUUUUAGAAAAAAGUCUGAAUUAUAAGAUAUAAUAUCAGAAUUUUAACUGUUUUUUUUUUUUUUUUUUUUCAGAAUUGUGAAUUUACAUCUCGCAAUUUAGUUUUUGUUUCCACCACAGAACAAGUACCGUAUUUUUCGGACUAUAAGUUGCACCUGAGUAUAAGUCGCAUCAGUCCAAAAAUACGUCAUGACAAGGAAAAAAACAUAUAUAAGUCACACUGGACUAUAAGUCGCAUUUAUUUAAAACCAAGAACCAAGAGAAAACAUUACCGUCUCCAGCCUCGAGAGCGCCCUCUGGCGGCUGUAGACGGUAAUGUUUUCUCUUGGUUCAUUUCUCUCGGUUCAUGUCAAAUUAAUUUUGAUAAAUAAGUCGCACCUGACUAUAAGUCGCAGGACCAGCCAAACUAUGAUAAAAAAGCGUGACUUAUAGUUUGUAAAAUACUGUAGUAAAAAUAGGUAACUGUGACAUUUUAUCUCCAUUUUAAUUUUUGUCUUGUAAUUGAGUUUAUAUUUUACAAUUCCGUCUUUUCAUCUUGCAAUUCUGACUAUCUCAUAAUUCUGAGUUUAUAACUCCGAAUUCCAAAUGUCUGUUUUGUAAUUACGACUUUCUAUCUCAUAAUUCCAACUUUAUAUCUCAUAUUUUCCAGUUGAUAUCUCUCAAUUCUGACUUUCUCGUUAUUCUGAUUUUCUUGCAAUUCCGACUUUCUAUUGCAUAAUUCUACGUUUUUAUCCCGUAAUUCCGACUUUCUAUCUCACAAUUCUGAGUUUAUAUCUUGCAAUUCUUGGGGGGGUCCAAACUGUGAGAUCAGAUGUUGCAAUUAACUUUUUAUUUAAAUUUGUAUGUCACUGCAGAAAUAAGCUUCCGUAAUGUUAAUGCUCACACUUCAUGUGAAAGAGAAAAUCACUAAAUCUCUGUAUUUUAGCACAAUCAAGCCAACAUCUCUGGUCAAAAGAUCAAAGCAGAUGAAGUAUAUACUUUUUUUUUUCAUUUAUUACUAAUUUCUUUCCCCAAAGUCUGUUUUGCAUUUUAGAUUAUUAAUAUUCCUGCCACAUCUGUUAUUUUGAAAAAAAAAAAAUCAUUAGCUCUUUUAUUAUUAUUAUUAUUAUUAUUAGAUGUUUUAUUAUUUUUGGAUCUUACGCUUCUGAUGUAUUUAUUUCAACCUUUUCUUUUCAUUGGCAUAUUUAUAUAUAUUUAUGAGACAUUCCUUUCAUUAAAACAAAAGUUAAAAGCGUGAUUAAAACAAUGAGGACACAAGUGUGAAAAUCAUGUUCACUACAGUGGUGACAUUUUCUGACACACAAACAGUAGGUUUUUAAUACUUUCUGAUUUAUUUGUUGACGUACCAUCCCUGUUUCUCAUUGAAACCUCACCGAGUCCUUUCAAUAAAUCACAUUGUAUGAAUCUUAAAUGACAAUAAAAACAUUCUGAAUCAAAAGCAAUACAUCACUAACUGUGAUGGCCAUUAUUACCAGCACUUGUGAAGAAUGAAUUCUAAUAUAUAGAUUAUAUAAGUUCAACUGUGAAACUGUACUGUGGCAGAUUUGGGACCUAACUUUUUUUUUUUUUUUAACUUUUUUAAAUAAAAUCCUUAGUUUUAGAUUGUAAUACUAGUCACUGAUUUAGCAAAACAAUUAUAUAUAUAUAUAUAUAUAUAUAUAUAUAUAUAUAUAUAUAUAUAAUUAGCUCACCAAAAGCUUAAAACUGUGAAUAGAUUUUUUUUUUCAUUUCAUGAAAUAUGUCUGUUUUUGCUAUUUACUGAUUUUUUUAAUCAUGUUUUGUGCCACUGAAUGCUUUUGUACAGAUCUUAAGAAUCUCUUUAUCGUGCCUUUUCUAGAGCUGCGAGGCCUUAUAAUACAAAUAAACUCAAAGCAUAAUUCAGAAAAUCCAAUUUUAUAUAAACAGUUUUGUAAAAAUAAUCAACCCUGGGUUUUAGUUCAGUGAAUAAGCGUUAAGGGCAUUACAGACCGAGAGCAAGCUCUGUUUUAUAUUCAAGACUCAGUAUUAAACACAGUAGAGCAUUAGAGACUCCAUUUUUUACACAUGAAGUAGUUUCAUAAUACGACCAGAAAUUAGGUCUAUAAUUAAGAUGAAUUGUCUGUAAAGUUUUAUAAUCCUGUAGAUUUUAUUUUUCUAUGUUUGAUAUCGGCCAAUGAAUGGAGCAGCCCAGUAAAGUGACUUUGCAAUCUUGUAUAUAUAUAUAUAUGUAUUUUCUUUCUCCUUUAUAUAAUUAGUUUCUUUUUGAUUGUAAGCUGUGGUUCCUUUGAUCCUGAUGACAGAAAGUGUCUGUGCUGCACAAAUGUUCACUAUUACUCUUCACCUCUGUGGAAAACGGAGGUUUUGUCUUAUUUCUUCUUCUUUUGAUUCUCCUGGGGGAAAUAUAUACGUCUGACAGAAAGCUUUUAUAUUGCUUGGCCACUGAACAACGUUAUGAUAUAAACUGCCCCAGUAUGUGUCUCCACCGCUGUAUUACUGUACCAGAGUUCAAUAAACAAACAUAAAAUGAACAAACCGACUCCAUCAGUCUUGAUGACUAAUACAAAUAAAAAAUAAAACUCCUUUUGAGCUAUUUAAUGAUGAUUAUUGAAAGUUUCAGACUGCGUGCACUGUAGUAAAUGGUUUUUCAAAGAUGAUCAAGUUUGACAAGAAAAUGCAAUAUCAAUCUUUCAUCUUUUUUUACAUUUAAUUCAACGUUUCUUAGUGAUUGUGAAUUUUUCAGUUUCUAACACCAAUUUUGUUUUCAGUGUAGGUACUUCAAAUGCAUGACUGUUGAAUAAAUGCGAGACAGUGA